GUCCCGGGCCGCGGAGCCCUGCGCCCCCCAGGUUAACAAGGAAAAUCCCUGGAGCUCUUGUAAUAGGACUGUGGUUGGAAGGUGUAAACUGUGGAUGGUCAUCGCUUCCAUUUUCCUAGGUCUCAUUAUAGUGAUCAUCAUAGGUUUAUGUCUCACUGGAGUAAUGUACAGCGAUGAAGAUGAAAAUGAAAUAAUUGAAUUAUCAGCGAACAAAACAUUCUUCAUCAUGCUGAAGAUUCCAGAGGAGUGUACUACCGAAGAGGAACUGCCUCACCUGCUCACUAAAAGGCUCACAGAUGUGUACAGUACGUCACCAUCUCUGAGUCGUUACUUCAUGUCGGUUGGAAUAGAGGAUUUCAGUGGUGAAAACUCCACGGUCACCUAUCACCUGCACUUUGGGGUUCCCCUGGAAGACGACAGGUUCAUGAAGUACAUGAUGAGCGAGGAGCUGGUGCUGGGGAUCUUGCUGCAGGGCUUCCACGAUCAGAGCGAACCCGGCUGUGCGGGCCUGGGCCUGGACCCAGAAUCUCUCUUGCUGUAUGAAUGAAGUGGUGGAGGCCGCUCUAUUACUCUACACUGCGUUCUGGAGUGGAAGAGAAUUCAUUCUGUGAUCGGGACCAGAGGGUGGCGCUGUGCUUCCUCCAGAUUCUGCACUCCAGUCCCAUCAGGCACCUGCCGAGGCCCCUGCAGCCGCCUCCAGUCUUGACAAAGCAGGAAGCAGAGCAGGCGGAGGAGAGGAAGUGAGGCAGGCCCCGCAUGGGAGUGUCCCCUGUCCUAGAGACUCCGGCUGCCCUGCUUGCAGAGAUCCUUUUUUUCUCUUUAGCGCAGGGUGAUGCAGCAGUGCCUUGUCUUCGGCAGGGUUCUGGUCGCUUGUGCUGGUGGACAGGGACAGCACACUCAGAUGAGAGAGAGUCAAGCCAAUGCCUCACUAACAUCUCCCUCCAGCCUUCCCACAUCUGCGUGUGUGUCUGUUUUGUGGUACUUAGAGUCCAGCCCAGGGGUGCUGUACCACUGAGAUAUAUUCCUAGCGACCCCCACCCCCACCACUUCUUUUAAAAUUUUGAGACACUUUCUC